AUGUCACCGCACCCUUUGGACCCCGCACUCCCUGAGGAACUGGAAGCUGCUGUAGAGUUUAUCAAGCAGCGCUUUGACCCUGAUGUCAACAUUUUUUGGUACGCUGGCUCGGUCUAUGAGCCGCCGAAAAGCGAGCUACUACCGUACCUUCGCGCGGAACGUCAGGGAAAGCCUAGGCAGCCCCCUGCGCGUCGUAUCACGAUCUACUUUGGUAUUGUGCACACGCCGCGCAACUUUGAAGCGGUGGUAGAUCUCGGUCAAGGCGCCAUUGUCGGUUUCAAGGAACUCUCGCGCGUGCACCAACCGCCGCUCGUCCUAGCAGAAGUGGACAUUGCGCGAGAGGUCACACUCACUUCUGAACUCGUCCAGGCCGAAGCGAAACGUCUCGACAUUCCCAUGGACCUCGUCUUUGCUGAGCCAUGGGAUUACGGUCGUGAGGAUGAACACGAAACUCCGCGAAGCUCGCAGGUGUUCAUGUACAUGCUGAACCCGGAGACAUGCGAGCCUGAGUCCAACCCGUACGCUUUCCCACUGGACUUUAUGGUGAUUGUCGAUCUAGAGCAGCGCGUCGUAUCGAAAGUGGUCCAUCUGAACCUAGAGGUAGACACGAUCAGCAAAUCCGUGAAGAAUGGCGGGUACAAGUACAGCCGACCUGUCGAGCCUGAAUACGUGCAUGAACUUCAGUCGCAAAAGAUGCGCGAGAGUGUCAAGCCACUGCGUGUAGUACAGCCCGAGGGCCCGAGCUUCAACGUGCAGGGCCAGCUGAUUGAAUGGGAAAAGUGGCGCUUCCGCGUAAGCUUCAACUGGCGUGAAGGAUUUGUGCUGCAUGAUAUUUGCUUUGACAACCGCGAGGUUAUUUAUCGCAUGGCCUUGGCGGAGAUGUUUGUGCCGUAUGGUGACCCACGCAAGCCGCUCAACCGAAAAUCGGCCUUUGACUUGGGCAACAUCGGAGCAGGCAAUGCCGCCAACAAUCUCGGCCUCGGAUGUGAUUGUCUUGGUGUGAUCAAGUACCUAGACGGUUACCUACUGGGUUCCGACGGCAAAGCCAUGAAGAUGCCCAACGUCAUUUGCAUUCACGAAGUAGAUGCAGGCAUCCAAUGGAAGCAUACCAACACAGUGACAGGAAAAGCUGUUGUUGUACGUCGCCGUCAGCUGCAGCUGCAAAUGAUCAUCACUGUGGCGAACUAUGAGUAUGCAUUUUACUUUAUCUUUGAUCAAAGCGGUGAAAUCAUGUUUGAAACGCUGGCCACUGGCAUUCUGAGCACAACGCCUAUCGAUCCAGACAACAAAGAUCCAUGCGCCUACGGUACACGUGUGGCACCAGGCGUAUUGGCACCGUACCAUCAGCACAUUUUCAACCUGCGCAUUGACCCAAUGAUCGACGGUCAUGACAAUUCGCUCCAGGUGGUGGAUAGCGUGCCGAUGCCCCUGGACAAGGAUACAAACCCGUACGGUAUUGGGUACACGACGGAAACGCGCACCGUCACAGUGUCAGGCACGGAGCAGAUUGAUGUGAGCAAGAACCGUGUGUUCAAAAUCAUCAAUUCAAACAAAAUCAACCCCACCACACUGCAGCCGGUGGGCUUCAAACUCGUGCCCAUUGCCUCACAGAUGCUGCUUGCCGAUGAGAAUUCGUGGCAUGCGCGUCGGUCCAACUACUGCACGGAUCCUAUUUGGGUCACGAAGUACAAGGACGAUGAGCUUUACCCCGCAGGCAAGUUUACGAGUCAGUCCAUUGGCGACGAUGGCCUGCGCCGCUAUGUCAACCGCAAGGAUCCUGUGGAGAACGAGGACAUUGUGAUUUGGCAUACGUAUGGAUUCACUCACAACCCACGUCCAGAAGACUUCCCUGUAAUGCCAGCGGAGACGGCUCGUGUGCUUAUCAAGCCCAAUGGGUUCUUUGAGUACAAUCCUACCUUGGAUGUGCCGCCCAGCAAGCAGGCGUUCAACCAGAGUGUCUCCUACGAAGACAGCAAGGCCAAUGCUGCGAAGAAAGGCACAUGCUGUAAAAUGUAA